ACUCUCCUCCUCCUCCUCCGCCUCCGCUGCAGCCUGACUCCGACACAACCGGCAUGUCUGCAAACUGAGAGGCUCGAUCCGUCUUUUUGUUUCUUUCCCAGAGACAACAACUUGUAUUUUCUCUGCCUCGGCGGCUAUAAAGGAAGAAGCAGGCUGGUGUUAAAACCUGCAGAGGGCUAUUUUUUUUUUCCUCUCUCUCUCUCUCUCGCUCUCUCCAAUUUGGCUGCAAAAGACUGGGGCGAAGAUCCAAAGCAAGGUCCAUCCAUCCCCGGUAACGUGACCACUGACGGAAGAGAACACAGAACUGCUUCAUCAUGAAUUUUAUAAUGAAAGCUGCAUUGGGAGGAGGUCCUCCUGAUGUGGGCAAGAUGCUGGGCGGGGAGGAGAAGGAAGAGGACCCUGAUGCUGCAAAGAAAGAGGAGGAGAGGCAAGAAGCGCUGAGGCAGCAGGAGGAGGAGAGGAAGGCCAAAUAUGCCAAGAUGGAGUCCGAGAGGGAAUCGAUGAGACAAGGCAUCAGGGAUAAGUAUGGCUUGAAAAAGCGCGAGGAGGCGGAGGCUGAGGCAGCGGCGGCGGCGGAGGAGACUGUGGCGGGCAGCUUGACCCGACCCAAGAAGGCGGUGCCGACCGGCUGCGGUGACGAAGAGGAGGAGGAGAGCAUCAUGGACACAGUGAUGAAAUACCUGCCAGGUCCGCUGCAGGACAUGCUAAAGAAGUAGUCAGUAAGUCGUUCACAAGUUGGCUUCAAUCCCAAACCGGCGCCAGAUUAGCAUUGUAUGGUUUCAAUUUUGGUUUAUUUAGCAUUGUGUGGAAAUGCAGCAGUACGGCGUCACCGGCCAGGUGCGCCAAAGCGGAGGGUCUUCACUUCUUCUCUGACUACUUUUAAACUCCCUUGAAGAGCUUAAAGCAACAACACCUCGCUGUUCACUUUAAUUGUACAUAAACAAAAAUCUAUUACAAGCCUCAAGCCGGGCCAAACAAUCACAUCCAAAAUAUACUGAAUCCAUUUAUUAUACUGUGUCUCUCCGAAUAGAAAAUGUGAUGACUUGAUAAGCCAUAUUUAAAAAAAAAAAAAAAGAAAAGAAAAAAGAUUUAAUACAAUGUCUGUGUGCUCCUGAAGCUAUUGUUGCGUCUCUCACCUAUUUUGCACCGUGUUACACGUUCUCUGUGAAAAGUGUCGUCUCUCUCCCCGCCUUCCAAGUGUUUGUGUAGCGUAGAAAAUGUUUAUUGUAUCGGAACUUCUUGUGUCUUGCAUGCCAUUUUGUCUUGACAAGUUGUGUGACCCAUGUAAACCUUUUUAACCCUCUUCUUUGUUAUGCAAAAAAUAUUAAGGCAAUAACCCCUCAGUUUGUGUGUUUUCUCAUGUCAAUAUAACCUCCAAUAAUGAUGCUAAAACGUAAUAAAGCAUUUAGGAUACUUCUUUUGCAAGGGUUUCUUUUUUGUUGGGGAAAAAAAAAAAGCUUUAAAAGUACCGUAUUUCCUUGAAUUGCCGCCGGGGGGUUAAUUAAUUUAAAACCUCUUCUCACUCUUGCGCUUACCGAAGGCAUGCGGUAAAAGUAAGCAUGCGCUAACUAUUUUAAAACCUCUUCUCACUUCGGCACUUACCAAAGGUAUGCAGUAAAAAUUGGAGUGUGAUGUAAGCUUGGACCUUAAAUCCUACUGAAUAGCUCUUAAUCUUCUUCCCUUUAUGUGAUUUCAAAUUGAAAUCAACCUCCUGCAUUUUGAAAAUGAUGACAGGGGAAGUGUCACUCGUGACGUCACGAGUUUGACCAGGCGGUAAAUAUUUUGGGAAGCGGAAAUUCAAGGCAGGCGCAUACUAUAUGCCCUGUGGCAAUUCAAGGAAAUACGGUAUACCGUUUAUAACAACAUUAUUAUCAUUUUUUCAACAGGGUGAGAAGAGCGAUAGACUUUUUCUUGUUAAUUGUGAUUUUGUUUCACGUCCUAUUUAGGGCUAGAAGAGACCGUAUGUGAUCAUGAAAUAAAAGUGUUUCACUGAGAUUUUAUUUAUUGUAGUAUGGGUGUGAAAAAGGCCGCCGAGGCGACAUAGACCUUCAUGAGCAAUAAGGAAUUACUAUGUAUGUUUCUGCCUGAUAAAUCAAUAAAAAUCUAAUAUCUUGUUCACACCA